UCACACCACCGUCGACAUACUGCCUGCUGGGAUGAAGCUCGCCACCGGAGAACCACAGAGAUUGUUACAAAUCUGAGAUCACUCACAAUCUCGGCGAUAACUCGUCGAAACGAGCCGUUGCUGAUCAUUAGUUUCUAGGAAAACGGAGGAAAGAGGCGCGCUGCCAAAAUGAUGGAAGAAAUAGAUAGAUUUCAAGUGCCGAGUGCCGUUCAAGAGGCGGAGAUGCAGGCUGAGAUGCAGCCGCUGGACCCGGCCUCAUCCACAGCUUCAGAGGCAGACUCCGACACCAGAGAGGGGGAACCUGUCACUAUCAACUACAAGCCCUCACCCCUGCAGAUGAAAAUAGAGAAACAGAGAGAGCUGGCUAGGAAGGGAUCAUUGAAGAAUGGCAAUGUUGUAGGUAGUCCAGUCAACCAGCAGCCCAAGAAGAACAAUGUCAUGGCCAGAACACGGUUGGUAGUGCCCAAUAAAGGCUAUUCGUCUUUAGACCAGAGCCCAGAUGAGAAGCCCCUGGUCGCUCUAGACACAGACAGUGACGAUGAUUUUGACAUGUCUAGAUACUCCUCAUCAGGAUACUCCUCUGCUGAGCAAAUCAAUCAGGAUCUGAACAUCCAGCUGCUGAAAGAUGGCUACCGCCUAGACGAGAUCCCGGACGACGAGGACCUGGAUCUGAUCCCGCCCAAAUCCGUCAACCCCACCUGCAUGUGCUGCCAGGCGACCUCCUCCACCACCUGUCAAAUACAGUAACCCCCACCCCUCUGACCUUUAACCCCUUCCCAUUUCCACACAAUAUAACCCCCAAUCUUCAUCUGCUGUGAGUUUACUUCGCCGCCACAGUGGUGACAGUGAAGCAUUGGUAGAGUAUUGUAAUGACAGUUAAGUGCUAUGAUGAUAAUGACAAUGAGAAAUAAUCAAAUUAACAUAUAGAGUAUUUGGUAUAAAUCUAGGAGAAGGAAGGCAAUUGAAAAAUAUUCGAUAUGUAUUUAAAUAUGAGUAAAAGUGUUGGUUUCCUCCUAUGGUAGGACGUGCACUUGCGUUUGAGAGCCCUUCUCCUGGUGAUGUAACAUAACACACUGAUAUUAGUGGACAGAAAACAGAAUUGAUGCUAUAAAGUGAACUCCAUUUUUCUGAAAAAUAAGAAACAUCAUAACUGCUGACUCAACUGUUCUGCUUACCUUACAGAAUUCUGGGUUGCAUUUUCUAGUUUUUUUUUAUUAGUUAGUUUUUAUUUAAUUGCUUACUUUUUUUAAGCCUGGGGGAUAAGUAUGAUUGUAUGUGGAGAUAUAUUUUAGAAGUGUGGACUGCGGUCUUGGUAUCCCUAAAAAGAGGAUGUCUGUCCCCGUAUUCAUUGUACUGUACAGGGUUGUAAUGUAGCACAGGCCAGGUCAUUGCACUCAUUCACACCACCCUCAACACAUUUGCUUUCUUUGCCCUACUGGCUUGAGAUGUUUCAGUACAGAGUUUAGGGAUGAAUGUAUGAACACGAAUGGCUGAGGAACAAACUGCAUGAAGAGCACUGGACUGAAUAACUGAAUGGUAAAUAAUAAGGAAGUAGCUUGUUGCACAUUUGAUUUUUGCCCUUGUGCAAUCACAUGCUACUGUUGUGGCACUAGCUUGACUUGUAUUAUUUUGAAUUUGCACAUUUUUUAUUGUUAUUUUUGGGCCACAUCUGUGUACUCUUUCCUGCAUAGCAGUGACAGUGUCUUAUCUGAAAUGAACUGUGUCAAAAGGGAAGAUUACAUAUCGUUGCAACAACACAUGAUGCUCACAUGAUGUCAUCAAGGCCAAAGGGACGGUGGGGGGCCUUUAGAUAGAUUUUUCAGCACACACUGCUGUGUUAACCCCCCCAGUAUAUCUUUUCUCGAUCACUGGACACGCCUUCCUACCCAUUUCUGUUUUCACACCACAGAUUAUCAGGUGAGCACACAGGUCCAGACAGCAGAAAGAUCAACCUUUUCUCAUCUUUCACACAAUGCACACAAACAAACACACAAAAACACACACACACACACACACACACACACACACACACACACACACACACACACUCACAGAGUAAGAUGGCAUCUGUUUUGUCUCUUUUGACUAAUGGGUUGGAAAUUGUUUUGUAAUUGGAGCAUCAAGGAUCAUUGACUUGGAGCACUAAUAUCUUUCAUUUAUGACAUUCUCCCUCCCUUAAAUCAGUUGAUAAUUUUCAAUUAGAGUAUGCCUUAAGUACAGAGAAGUUUAAAAGAUGUGUCUAUUUAUUACCAUCUUCAUCAUUUAGUUUAUUUGAAUAGCAUUUGCUGUCUAUGAAGUUGUGGUUUUUCUUUUCUUUUUACAUAGACACGGGUGAUAAUUGUUUUUCUUUGGUUUUCCUUUUUUUAAAAUAAUUUUCUUGUAAUGUAAACACUUCCAUUACAGUAUUUAACAAUGUUAUUGUUAUGUGCGGUGUAUGAAAACAAUAAAUAAACACAAAGCUAAUGGAGCA